ACUGACUGAUGGUCUGCUUUACUCCUAUAGAGAGCGACGCGUGGACGAAAAAGACUGGAUUUGCUUCCCUCGUUAUCAGAUGCAUCUUGGCCGGGGCAGUCACUGUGUGGACACAGUGGAUGAAGGGACUAGGAGGAGGUCCAGCGACGCGUGGCGGAAGAUCGGUCACAGCUCCUCGCACUGGCCACUGAUGAGGCGUCGCAUAAGGUGUUUGGCGAUGAAGUUCAAACACAGGAACUGCUUUCUGUGGUUCUCGGCGCUGACCUGCAGUUUCGGGGGCCUUCUGCUUCUGGUUGGUCGGAACUACACCGCCAGUGUUCCUGUUCUUGAGACUUACGACUUCGUCAACGGCGACCCGGUCCGAGUCGAGUUCAAACCCAGGUGGUCGGACAAAUGUCACCCUGUCACUAAACUAGCCUUUCUGAAGGUCCACAAAGCUGGAAGCUCUACAGUCGCCAACAUCAUACAGCGAUUCGGUUUCACCAGGAAUCUCAACUUUGUGGUGCCAAGAAAACCGUUACACACAUUCGCAUACAACUAUAUUGGCCACAGGGGUGACACCGUGUCUAGAGACAGAAUACUUCCCCCGCCCCCCGGGGAGAGCUAUGACAUCCUGUGGAACCACGUGACCUAUAACCAUGAUGCAUUUCGUGAGAUCAUGCCAAAGGACACGCGCUACAUCUCAAUACUCAGGGAGCCUUUUGAUCAGUUCGUGUCGGCGUAUGAAUACUACGUGUUGGUUGGCAAGCGGAGAAACGAGACCCUUCACCAACAUAGGAAUCCCAUAGCGGAUUAUCUGGACAACGAGGGACAACGGUCAGUCAGGUCCAGGAUGGACCGUGUCCGCAAUUCCCAGUCCUACGACAUGGGUUUCACGUUCCCCGCGCUGUCCAACAGGACGGAGGCCAUGGCGUACAUCAGUCACCUCGAUGGGGACUUCGACCUGGUCAUGCUCAUGGAAUACUUCGACGAAUCGUUGGUACUUCUAAAACGCAUCUUCUGCUGGAGUCUCAAAGACAUAUUAUAUUUCCAUCACAACAAGAACAACAGACGCCAGCAGUGGAUGUUCUCGCGGGACCAUUACGGUAAACACCGGAACAUAUCCAGGGCUGACUAUGAUCUGUACAAUCACUUCAGGAAAGUCUUCUGGAAAAAGGUUUGGAGUCAAGGGUCAGAUUUCUUUGAAGAAGUUCGGUAUUUUAAACAACUGUUGCACCAGCUGCGAGACUACUGCAUUGUGGGUCGGACGCUGGAAGUCCCUCAAAGUGUGUGGGGGGACGGGUUUGUCGUCGAUCAAAGAGACUGUUUCUAUAUAAAAAUGUCGGAACUUGCUUUCUUCGACAGAAUUCUGAAUACCACAUAUACAAAAAUAUCUUCCAAUGCAAACUCCUUUCACAAACCGCACUGAGCGGUAGCGAUAUUGGUUGUUCGUGAAACGUGAGUGAGUUGGGUUUAACGCCGCUCUGAACAGUAUUCCAGUUGUAUCACGGCAUGUCAGCUUGGCAUGGGAGGACAGCCCGAAGUCAAUCAGGUUUUAUCAUCUU